AGUGCAUUAAAGUACCAAACUUUCUUAUCAAACAAAACAAAACUAAAAGAUCACAACUUUGCAUCAUCUUGACACAUAAAAUCAGAAAACAAUUUUUGCACCAGGUUUAUUCAGAAACUUCUAAACCCAUUAUUUUGGCUGCGAGUAAACUCCAAUAUUAUUUUACAGAUCAAGCUAUGAUGUUCUAGUAUAGUUGUUGGUUGGUUGUAUUUGGACUCGAUUGUAUAUCAGUGUUUAAUUUAUUGCUAGUGGAUGUAGUAAGUAACAGGAAAAGGAAACAGUAAUGGGUUCCUUGAGGAGCGAAGGAGAAAUAGAGGAAUCAGCAAAGGAAGCAAUUUUAUAUGUGAAUGGAGUUCGAAGAGUGUUGCCUGAUGGGUUGGCCCACUUGACUCUUAUCGAGUAUCUCAGAGACAUUGGCUUGACAGGGACAAAACUAGGCUGUGGUGAAGGUGGUUGUGGAGCUUGCACAGUUAUGGUUUCUUAUUAUGACAGAAAAUUAAACAAAUGCGUGCAUUAUGCUAUCAAUGCGUGCUUGGCUCCUCUGUAUUCAGUAGAAGGGAUGCAUGUAAUUACAGUGGAAGGAGUUGGGAACCGGAAAAGUGGCUUGCAUCCAAUUCAAGAAUCAUUGGCACGUGGUCACGGCUCGCAAUGUGGAUUUUGUACUCCUGGGUUUAUCAUGUCAAUGUAUGCACUAUUAAGGUCAAGCCAAGAACCACCCACUGCAGAGCAAAUUGAAGAAUGCCUUGCUGGAAAUUUAUGUCGUUGCACUGGCUACAGGCCCAUUGUUGAUGCCUUCCAAGUUUUUGCCAAAAGUAAUGAUGCAUUAUACACUGAUCAUUCUGCAUUAAGCCUUGAAGAAGGUGAAUCUGUAUGCCCGUCAACUGGUAAACCCUGUUCAUGUAAAUCAAAAACUGUAAUUGAUCCUGGAAACUGCAAAAGAAGUGCAGCUUGUGGUGAUAGUUGCAAACCCAUAUCUUAUAGUGAAGUAAAUGGGAGCACAUACACAGACAAAGAGCUUAUUUUUCCUCCUGAGCUGUUACUAAGGAAAUUAACUCCCUUAAGUCUAAGUGGAUUUGGUGGGCUUAAGUGGUAUCGACCCUUGAGAGUCCAACAUUUGCUGGAGUUAAAAGCAAAAUACCCAGCUGCAAAACUGUUGAUAGGUAAUACUGAGGUUGGAAUAGAGAUGAGAUUGAAGAGGAUACAGUAUCAGGUUUUGAUCUCUGUUGCACAUGUACCUGAACUCAAUGUCUUGACAGUCAAGGAUGAUGGUUUAGAGAUUGGUGCUGCAGUAAGACUGACUGAACUCCUGAAAAUGCUUAGGAAGGUUGUAAAUGAACAUGUGACUCAUGAAAUGUCUUCAUGUAAGGCUCUUAUUGAGCAAUUAAAAUGGUUUGCUGGGACCCAGAUAAAAAAUGUUGCCUCUGUUGGAGGAAAUAUAUGUACAGCCAGCCCAAUAUCAGACUUGAAUCCUCUCUGGAUGGCUGCAAGAGCAAAGUUUCAAAUCAUUGAUUGCAAAGGGAACAGGAGGACUACCCUGGCAGAAAAUUUUUUCCUAGGUUAUAGGAAGGUGGAUCUUGCAAGUGAUGAAGUUUUACUCUCAAUAUUUUUACCAUGGACUAGGCCUUUUGAGCAUGUGAAAGAAUUUAAGCAGGCUCAUAGGAGGGAUGAUGAUAUUGCAAUUGUGAAUGCUGGGAUGCGUGUCUUUCUUGAAGAAAAAGGUGAUCAUUGGGUGGUUUCAGAUGCAUCAAUUGUCUAUGGCGGUGUAGCUCCUCUUACUCUGUCCGCAGCAAAAACGAAAAAAUUUCUCAUUGGUAAGAAUUGGAAUCAGGAACUCUUAGAGGGUGUUUUGAAAGUCUUAGAAACAGAUAUCUUGCUCAAGGAAGAUGCACCUGGUGGGAUGGUGGAGUUUCGGAAAUCUUUAAUUCUUAGCUUCUUCUUUAAGUUUUUCCUGUGGGUUUCACAUCAGAUGGAUGGGAAGAAAUCCAUCAGGGCAACUAUACCAUCAUCCCAUUUGUCAGCUGUACAACCAUUUCAUCGGCCAUCAGUUGUGGGUUGUCAGGAUUAUGAAAUUAGGAAGCAUGGGACAGCUGUGGGUUCUCCUGAGGUUCACCUCUCAUCAAGACUUCAGGUUACAGGGGAGGCAGAAUAUGUCGAUGAUACACUGAUGUCUUCUAAUGGUCUGCAUGCUGCAUUAGUAUUGAGCAAAAAACCCCAUGCUCGAAUUGUUUCAAUAGAUGAUUCAGAAGCCAAGUCUUCACCUGGAUUUGCAGGCAUCUUUUUUGCCAAAGACAUCCCAGGUGAUAAUCACAUUGGCGCAAUAAUUGCUGACGAGGAAUUAUUUGCUUCAGAAUUUGUCACUUGUGUAGGCCAGGUUAUAGGUGUGGUUGUUGCGGAUACACAUGAAAAUGCAAAAAUGGCUGCAACAAAAGUUUAUGUGGAGUAUGAAGAACUUCCAGCAAUAUUAUCAAUACAGGAAGCCGUUGAUGCUGAAAGUUUCCAUCCUAACUCAGAGAAGUGUUUGAAAAAGGGUGAUGUCGAACUCUGUUUUCACUCAGGUCAAUGUGACAGAAUCAUAGAGGGGGAAGUUCAAGUGGGUGGCCAGGAACAUUUUUACUUGGAGCCUCAGGGCAGUUUGGUUUGGACAAUGGAUAGUGGCAAUGAAGUCCAUAUGAUCUCAUCAACCCAGGCUCCUCAAAAGCACCAGAAGUAUGUGGCUCAUGUUCUUGGUCUCCCAAUGUCAAAAGUAGUUUGUAGAACCAAAAGAAUUGGUGGCGGAUUUGGUGGAAAGGAGACAAGAUCAGCUUUCCUUGCUGCUGUAGCUUCUAUACCAUCAUAUCUGUUGAAUCGGCCGGUGAAAAUCACUUUAGACAGAGAUGCAGAUAUGAUGAUUACUGGGCAACGCCACAGCUUUCUUGGAAAAUACAAGGUUGGCUUUACAAAUGAGGGAAAAGUUCUGGCGUUGGAUCUUAAAAUCUACAAUAAUGCUGGAAAUUCUCUGGAUCUGUCUCUUGCUGUUCUUGAGCGUGCCAUGUUUCAUUCUGACAAUGUCUAUGAGAUACCAAAUGUCAGAAUAUUGGGAAAGGUUUGCUUUACUAAUUUUCCUAGUAAUACUGCUUUCCGAGGAUUUGGGGGUCCUCAAGGAAUGAUUAUAGCUGAGAAUUGGAUUCAAAGAAUUGCUGUAGAACUUAACAAAAGCCCGGAAGAAAUAAGGGAAAUCAAUUUCCAAGGUGAUGGAUCGAUUUUGCAUUAUGGCCAACAACUUCAGUAUUGUACACUGGCCCAGCUCUGGAAUGAACUGAAGUUAUCUUGCAACCUUUUAAAGGCUCGUGAAGAAGCUAUCCAAUUUAACCUUCACAAUCGCUGGAAGAAGCGUGGUGUUGCUAUGGUCCCAACAAAAUUCGGAAUAUCCUUUACAGCAAAGUUGAUGAACCAGGCAGGUGCUCUGGUUCAUGUCUACACAGAUGGAACUGUUUUAGUUACACAUGGAGGAGUGGAGAUGGGGCAAGGUCUACAUACAAAAGUGGCUCAGGUUGCUGCUUCUGCAUUUAAUAUCCCUCUCAGCUCUGUGUUCAUAUCGGAGACAAGUACUGACAAGGUACCUAAUUCGUCGCCAACAGCUGCUUCUGCAAGCUCUGAUUUGUAUGGAGCAGCAGUAUUGGAUGCAUGUGAGCAGAUAAAGGCACGGAUGGAGCCCGUUGCUUCAAAACAUAAUUUCAGCUCGUUUGCUGAGCUGGCAAGCGCAUGCUACGUGCAGCGAAUAGACCUUUCUGCUCAUGGAUUUUACAUUACACCAGAGAUUGGCUUUGAUUGGAGUACUGGUAAAGGAAACCCAUUUAGGUACUUCACCUAUGGGGCUGCGUUUGCUGAGGUUGAAAUUGACACAUUGACUGGAGAUUUCCACACGAGGGCAGCAAAUAUCAUCAUGGAUCUUGGAUAUUCUCUGAAUCCCGCCAUUGAUGUUGGACAGAUUGAAGGGGCAUUUAUACAAGGCUUGGGGUGGGCGGCCUUGGAAGAACUAAAAUGGGGAGAUUCAGCUCAUAAGUGGAUACCACCUGGUUGCUUGUAUACAUGUGGGCCUGGAAGUUAUAAGAUUCCUUCCCUAAAUGAUGUCCCUUUUAAAUUCAGCGUUUCUCUUCUAAAGGGACAUCCAAAUGCAACGGCCAUCCAUUCAUCCAAAGCUGUUGGCGAGCCUCCAUUUUUCCUGGCUUCAGCUGUCUUUUUCGCCAUCAAAGAUGCCAUUAUAGCUGCAAGAGCAGAAGUCGAGCAUCACGAGUGGUUUCCUCUUGAUAAUCCAGCAACACCUGAACGGAUCCGGAUGGCUUGUUUAGAUGAAAUCACAGCACGAUUUAUAAAGUCUGAUUACCGCCCCAAGCUUAGCGUUUGAUGUGCUGCCAUUCUCUCAUACCAGCACUGGGAUACUGUAAUCUUGCCAUUUUGUACAAUGUACAUUGUUUUUUCACAUUUUCUUAUAACAAUAUACAAAAUGCAGUUAAUAAUGGCAUGAAUUCAUGUCAGAAACGACAAA